AUGGAAAGUGUGCCGUUUGUGGCGAUCGUGCUCUUGGUAACAAUUUUGAAGUACUAUCGUGUCCAUCAUUGCUACGCUAUGGGAAUGAAAAAGGACUGGAUUAUCAUGAACGAAUACAAAAAAGGCAUAAAACAAAAUACCACUAAAAAGCAGCCAAAGGCUCAACAUAAACAAAUUACUCAAUCCAAACCAGACAUACCCUAUAGAGCUGAUGAUAACCCAUACACCACAUUAUACACGGAAAAUAUUAGCCAAGUAUAUCACUACUCGGGCGAUACCAGCCCUACAGACACAUCCCUGUUUGACUUUACCGAUAGCCAAUCACCGCCCAUUGACUAUACCAUAGGCAUGUAUUUGAGCCCUGAUGGUUAUUAUAGCAACAGUGUUACCCCCAUCGAUAUACCGGACACUUUCGAUGAUAUCCCGGUAGACAACAAUGUAGAGCAAGAGAUCGACACCGGAAUUAUGGACAUAUCCAGUGCUGUUAUAGAGUUAGGGGUGUUGGCGAGCCCGGCGAGACCCCUAACCGAUUACCGUAAUCAGUUUAACGAACUUGAGGGUAAUAAACUGCAACAACUAUUGGCCGCCACCAAUACAUUUGUCGAUUCGGGUGGUCGGGCAUAUACAACGAGCUUGUCUAGUAUUUUGGGCAUGAGUCAUAGGCCAAACUUGUUGCAAAGGCACAUGCGCCGACUGACCAAGAUGUGCCAGAAUUUGACCGAGUUUAAUAAUAUUUGCGAGUCUGAUAAGAUAGCCCUGAUGAGUUACGGCAGUAUUGACCUGUUCUGCAUGCGAUCGUUGCCUAAUUAUGACUACACCCACGAGAGCUGGACUUUUGUUAUGGACAAGGAAAAUUCCAUCAUAAUAAGUCUGAAUGUGCUGCAAAACAUGCCCAGGGACACUUACGAAUUGUGCAAACAAUUUUUCAAAUCCGUUUCCCAGGAAUGGGACUCAGAUUCUGUAAUUCUGGACUUGCUGACAGCAAUCAUAUUUUUCAACCCACAUCGGCCCAACCUUAAACAUAAACACAUGGUUAAACUACAUCAGCACAUAUACAUGCAUUUAUUGAAACGUUAUCUACUAUUACGGUAUCGGACAGACACAGUGGCCCAGAUGAAAUACGCUUCCCUAAUGAAGAGCUUGAUCAAUUUCCGGGUACUUGGUCAAAAUGGUGGGACCAGAAAGGGUAGACAACGAUCAGUGUCUAUUACGGAAGACCCGGAGCAGUCUGUUCUGGACCGGCCGGCACUUAGCCUAUACUCAUUGGUGUUGAACAAGAUAUUUGAGUUCCAGUAG